UUUCCAGGGGGAGGAUAUAAGCUUUGUUGCACCUUGAGCACUGAUAUCCUAAGCAUGGCUAGUUCCUUAAGUCGCAAUUUAUUCUGCUUUGGGGUUCCUCAAGGGCCCAGACUAAAUUGGAUCAGUGCAGCAGGGUUGCAGCCAGGGCUGCUCAGUAUCCAUGGAGGAGCUGGGAGCAUUGGCAGUUACCUUUCCUCUGCCAGUGAUGCAUUUGUGAAGUGUGUGCCAGGAGGUAGUUAUGAACCAGGCAUUGGAUCUGGUGCUAGUGGAAUAGGCCUCCUUGGUAUGAAUGAAAAGGACACCAUGCAGAACUUGAAUGACCGCCUGGCCGCCUACCUGGAGAGGGUGUGUUCUCUUGAAGAAGCCAACGGGCAGCUGGAGCAGCGGAUCCAGGAGCUCCAGGUGAAAAAAACACUCGCCAGACACUAUGAUCCAAGUAGCUGCUUCAGCACCAUUGCAGAACUCAGAUCACAGAUCCAGGAUGAGUCAGUGCGCAACUCCCAGCUGACCCUCCAGCUUGAUAAUGCCAAGCUAGCUGCCAAUGACUUCAGAAUGAAGUAUGAGGCUGAGUUGGCUACCCGGCUGGGUGUGGAGAGUGACAUCAAGGGUUUACGCAAGGUCCUGGAUGGGCUGACAGAGGCCAGAGCCAGUCUGCAGGUGCAGAUUGAAAGCCUGAAGGAGGAACUGACUUAUCUCCAGCAGAACCAUGGAGAGGAAGUGGCUGCUCUCCAAGGUCACCUGGGAGGCUCUGUCAGUGUGGAGGUGGAUGCCAGCCCAGGCAUCAAUCUGGUGAAAACCCUUGCAGAGAUCCGGGACCAAUACGAGGAUAUAAUCGAGAAGAAUCAGAGAGAGGCUGAAGCCUGGCACAAGCAGCAGUGUGAGACAUUCACUCAAGAGGUCGCCACCAGCAGUGAAGCCCUCCAGGCUGCCAGGACAAAGGCAACAGAACUCAAGCGCAUUGUGCAGAGCCUCGAGAUUGAGUUCCAGAUGCUGCAGAGCACGAAAGAAGCUCUGGAGGGCACAUUGGCUGAGACAGAGUCUCACUAUGGGGUGGAAAUGGCACAGCUGCAGAACCUGGUUGCUGGGAAAGAGGCAGAGCUGGCACAACUGAGAACUGACACCCAGCGUCAAGCUAAUGAGUACCAGCACCUGCUGGACCUCAAGACCAGGCUGGAGGUGGAAAUUGCCACUUAUCAGCAUCUCCUUGAGGGUCAAGAGGUCAGGAAGCUUAAGGGUUUAAAAACAAACAGAACAAUAUGGGAUGGGGAAAAAGGGAGCAUGCAUACACUUGGAAAAGGGACCCAGAAUGAUAAGGAAAUGCUAACAGGUCAGAAGCCAAGUCACCUAAGCAAGAAAUCUUGCCAGAGGCUGUUAGCAAGGCCCCCACCACCAGGAGGAUAAAGACUCUGAUUGAAGAGCUGGUGGAUGGCGAGGUGGUCUCCUCCUGCAUCGAGGAGGUGGAGCAUCCUCUAUGAGGGAUGGCUGGGAAAGGGCAAGAAAAGGGGAAACCCUCCCACCCUCUACAGCUUCUGCAUAUCCAGCCUCU